CGCGAGUCACGUGACGAUGCUGUUUACAAAGAGGAAGGAAGAGGGACGAACAGGCGAAGUUAACGUUAGCUUCAAGAGAAGUAGAUUUAUAAUAGUAAAUAAAUUAAGUCAGGUUCUGGUUCUAGUUGACGACGUGACCCGGAUCCCGUUUUUUAAAGCGACGUAACGUGACCGGGUGAAGAGCCUUCCGCAUCUUGAAUGAGCAGGUUUUAAUAAAGCGAAACGCUAAUGCUAAGCUAAAGCUAGCUAGCCAUGUUAGCUCACAGCUAACGAAGCUAGCUAACGUUAACUUCUUUCCUAUGACAACAAAGACUGGGCAUUAACCUUUGUAUUAUUAUUUAUUAUUAUUCUGAGAGAUACAUUGACGCACUGUGAAAUAGUAUUUGGUUAAAUAUAAUAUGUGUGAAAAGUUGUUUUAAAAUGAUAUUAACCUGACGUCACGCAUCACAAUACUUAACGUUAGUUUACUGUAAUAACGUUACCAGUGGCUGACAGGCCGACGGUUUGCUCCCGUAGCUAACGAGAGACCAUUGCUUCUAGCUUGGUGAGCCGGCGUCACUCUUCAUGGCCGCUUUGGGCUUCACUCCUGCCAGCGGGCAGGAUCUUUUCUGCCUCGAGGCGACCGAACUGUCGAGCUCUAAAACGGGCAUUGCGCUUAAUGGCGAAGAGGUCAGGCAGUUCUACGAAAAUUUAAUGAAAGAGGGCAAAGGGCAAGAUGCAUCAAGGAGAGAGAAAGAGUGUGGCCGGGAGCAUCGGAAUAAACAGAGGGAUGGAGAGUCCAGUCGAAGGGCGAGGAGGAGAGCCAGGGCGGCGGAGAUGCAGCCGAGUCAAAGUGGGAUUAGUGGUGAACGUGACGCAAGAAGACCGACCAUCAUCUCAGAAAGCACCAUGGAGCUCCUGGGGCUCCGGCUGCUGCGCUGUGCCCAUGAAGGAGACACCUCUGGCCUCAAAGACCUUCUCUCGAAAGGGGUCGACAUCAACGUCCAGGAUACUUACUUCUGGACGGCGGUGAUGUGCGCCAGCUGGUCAGGACAGAGAGCUGCAGUGAGACUGCUGCUGCAAGGUGGAGCAGCCUGGGUGGGAGUGGUCGAUACACAGGGCAGGGAUGCCAAAGACCUGGCACUGGAAGCGGGACACAAUGAGGUAUUGGAGGAGUUGGAGAGCUACGGGAGAAGUACGCAGAGAGACACACAAUCUGAUUACAGCGCCCCCCCGGCUCAGUGGUGCGCCGUGUGUCGUAGCGAGUACAGCGACAGCCUGCCGUCGCACGAGUCCUCCACUCUGCAUCAGUUCAGUCUGCGGCGGGCUCCACCCACCCCCUAUUACUGCCUCCCCCCCUCCAGCAACAGCUACAAGAUGAUGGUUCGUUGUGGCUGGAAACCGGGUUCGGGACUGGGGCCGGAGGGGGAGGGGCCUCACCAGCCGGUGCCGACUGUGCUGAAGAGAGACCAGACAGGCCUGGGUUUUGGACACAUGAAAAGAGCCAAAGUGACUCACUUCCAACCCAGGGAUUGUGAUGCAGUGAAACGACCAUCUAAGGGGAGAGAGGAGAGAGGAGGGAAAGGACAGAGGAAGGAAGACAGUAGGAGAAAGGAGCUAAAAGAUAAGAACUGGGAGAGAGAUUUCCGUGCCUCUUUUUAUCUUUGACACCGGCUCACAGGAACUUCUUCUCAAGCCGCUCUCUCAACACACCUGAAAAGUUUCUCUAAAAACAUUAAACGUAUCUAUCACACAGACAAUUUUGUAUCUGUUUUUUUGUUCACUUUGAACUGUGCCGGUGUUUGUGAAGCGGCCGGGAGAAACAUGAAUACCGUGGCUAUCUCAAAGCCCCGUGCCCAUAUAUGGAAUCCUGAAUGUGGCCUUGAUUUUCUUUCUUUUUUUAAUCUGAAACAUGAUUGCGUUUACUCUGUCCGACCAAAUAUUGUGAUUUUGAUCCACUGAGACUGUUUAAAAAAAAAAAAAAAAAGGUCAAUGGACUUUAUUUUAAUUUAUAUCAAAACACAUACCGUCAAACCCUGGUCACGAUCUAUGAAAAGAAACUUUUGUAAUACAAUACAAAUCAUUACUAAGGAA